AUGAUAUUUCAUUUUCGAAGUUUGAUAAUCUUAUCAGUAUGCUAUUUCGUAACUGCAUCACCAAUUCAAAAAGUUGAUCCAGAGUGUGAUUAUAAUAUUACUCAAUUGAUUGAAAGUAAAGGUUAUAAAUGCGAAGAACACAAAGUAACUACAAAAGAUGGUUAUAUUCUUGGUGUUUUUCGUAUUCCACAUGGUCGAAAUGGUUCAUCAUCUACUAUAGGUCGACCUGUACUUCUUCAACAUGGUCUUCUCGAUGCUGCUACGACAUGGGUCAUGAAUUAUCCUGAUCAAAGUCUUGCUUUUAUUCUUGCAGAUAUUGGUUAUGAUGUUUGGCUUGGAAAUAUGCGUGGUAAUCGUUACUCUCGUGCACAUACGAAAUACGAUCCUAAUCAUGAUGAACAAUUCUGGAAUUUUAGUUGGGAUGAUAUGGCAAGAGAUGAUCUUCCUUCGAUGAUUUAUUAUAUUUUAAAUGUAACAAAAAAUACACAAAUCGGAUAUGUUGGUCAUUCACAAGGUACAUUAAUUGCUUUUGCUGAAUUUGGAAAUUUGAAUAAUAAUCUUCAAAAUAAUGUUAGUUUUUAUGCAUCUCUUGCACCGAUCGCUCAUGUUGGACAUCAAAAAACACCGUUAAAAUAUUUAGAUACUGAUAGUAAAGAACUUGAACGUUAUUGGCAUAAAUUAUUUGGCCGAAAUGAAUUUCUACCAGCAUCAAAUAUUCUAAAAUGGCUUAGUAAAUAUGCUUGUGCAGAAUUUUUCGUUGAUCGAUUAAUUUGUGAAAAUAUGUUAUUUAUUAUUGGUGGACCAGAUACAAAAAAUAUGAAUAGUUCACGUAUGUCUGUUUAUGCAUCACAUGGACCUUCGGGAACAUCUGUACAAAAUAUGGUACAUUUUAUGCAAUGUGGUCGAUCAAAUCAAUUUCAAGCAUAUGAUUAUGGUUCACCAGAGAAGAAUCAACAACAUUAUAAUCAAACAACGCCACCAUUAUAUUCUAUGCAUUCUAUGAAAGUACCAACAGCAAUAUUUUGGGGAGGUGAAGAUUGGCUUGCUGAUCCAGUUGAUGUUGCUUAUGUGUUUGAUAACAUUCCAAAUUUAAUCUAUGAAAAAUAUAUUCCAAAUUAUAAUCAUUUUGAUUUUGUAUGGGCUAUAACAGCAAAUAAAAUUAUCUAUCAAGAUUUAAUUAAUGUCAUGCAAAAAUAUCAUCCAAUUCAAUAG